GCCGAGCAGAGCUGAUGCAGUCUGCAUUGCUUAACUGCGCUGCUGCACACAGAAGCUGCCCACGUAGUAACACACUGCCCAAACGUGCCAUGGCCAAGAGGCAGUGUUCACGGGCAUAGAUGGUAACCCUGUGCAGUCUUCGCUUGAGGGAUUAUUAGUGUUUUUGGUUUGUUCCUGGAGGUGUGAUAUCGCAGCCAUGGUGUGCUGUCAGACUCCCAGAAGUUUACGCAGAGGCGAGUGGGGCUUCGCUCCUCUGCUGGCUGCCGCGCUGCUCAGUCUGCUGUUCGCAGGGAUGCAACAGUCCACAGCGUUUCCCACCUGGAGGUUAGAGGAAGAAGCUUACACCACUGUGUUGCUCAUCGGGAUCCGCAAAGAGGCCCGGUCACAGGUGCUCCACCUCUCCAGGAACAAGCGCUACACCCUCACCCCAGAGAAUCUCAAAUGGGACAAGUUCAAGCUAACAUACAAGUUGGUCUCCUUCCCUACAAACCUCAUAAAUGCCAGUGACACACGCCGAGGCAUCGCCAAGGCUUUUAGCAUGUGGAGCGACGUCUCGCCGUUCAGCUUCAGAGAAGUGCCAGCUGACCAAGAAGCAGACAUGAAGAUCGGCUUCUACCCCGCCAACCACACAGACUGUCUGCAGUCCUAUUUGCACCAUUGUUUCGACGGCAUCACAGGAGAAUUGGCUCAUGCAUUCUUCCCGCCAACUGGCGAGAUCCACUUCGACGACCAUGAAUACUGGAUUCUGGGAAACAUGCGCUUUAGCUGGAAGAAAGGGGUUUGGCUGACAGAUCUUGUCCAUGUGGCAACUCAUGAAAUUGGCCACGUCCUAGGACUCAUGCACUCCAUGGACCCGAAAGCUAUAAUGCACCUGAAUGCAACUCUGACAGGGCGCAAGCUAAUCACUCAGGACGAGGUGUGGGGUUUGCAUCGUCUCUACGGAUGUUUGGACCGGUUAUUCAUCUGUCCGGCCUGGGCUCGGAAAGGCUAUUGCGACAGCAAGCGUAAGCUGAUGCAGAAGCACUGCCCCUCCAGCUGUGAUUUCUGUUACGAAUUUCCUUUCCCCACUGUGGCUCCUACCCCGACACCCCCGAGGACCAAACACAAGCUGGUCGUCGAGGGCAAGAAGCUCACUUUUCGUUGCGGGAAGAAAAUAGCAUCAAAGAAAGGCAAAGUAUACUGGUACAAGGACGGGGAGCUGCUGGAGUACUCUCACCCCAACUACAUCUCCUUGAAAGACGACCACAUCACUAUAGUGGCCAACGCCAUCAACGAAGGCACAUACACCUGCAUCGUGAAGAAAAAAGACAAAGUUCUAACAAACUACUCAUGGAGAGUGCGUGUGCGCUUCUGAGGGCCUCUGCACACUGAACAGGACACAUAAACUCACACGGUCACAUGGAGACCUCAUUCACUAGGGCACAUAUUUCUGUUUUUUAAACUGUCUUUCCUGUAUCUUCCAAAUACGACUGUCUAUCCUUGUCAUUGUGUACGUGCGUUUUAAUAAAUGUUCCGUGACAAGUAGAAUUCUAGUGAAAA